AAUCCCUAAAUUGGAUUUGGCAAAGUAGCUAAUUUGGAUGUGAUAUGUGUCCGGCUUUAGGACCCAGCAGAGUCUGAGGCGCACAUGGCAAAGUGUGGCUGCUCCGGUACGAGAGAGGAGAUGGUGUCUGCUCCAGUACUCCCAACAUCCUCUCACUCUGUCUUUCCACCGCUCCUUGCCAUUCCCCGAUCACAUGAGGAACACGUCCACACACACAAACAUUGAUCUGACACGUGUGUUUGUGCGUUUCUUUCCCUCUGAGCGUUUGCCCACCAGAUGUCCAGUGCUGGAAGGAAAAGUUUUUUGACAGCUUCUUUUCUUGCAAUGACAGCUUGCCGCAUCUCAUAGGACUCUUGGUGGUGAAGCUUCUUCUUCUUCUUCUUUCUUUUUUUUUUUUCCAUCCCCUCCCUGUCUUUUCCCCUCACUUCACCACUGUGAACUGCUUUGACCUGUGUCUCCAUCCUGCACGGGUCGUGCUGCAUUAAUAACACAGUCUGACCGGUGCGCUUUCCCAUCCCCCGGCUUCACUCCACUGAGCCCGGGCAUCAUGAGAACCUGGAGGCGGCGGAAGAACUUUGCCUUUCUGAUCUUCGUCCUCCGCGUCUGGUGCCUUUCCACGGCAGCAGAAAAUGCUGACAGCACGGUUCACAAUACACAGGAAGGAAAUAGUACAGACGAGCCUAAACAGCGAGGUGAAGCAAGCAAACCAGAACGCUAUGAGACCACCGUACCUCUGCUGCUGAAGGGCAAUGAGCGCAGACCUCUCUGGCAGCUUGUGAGUCAUCCUGCGUCACUCCAGCUGCUGGUGCGUGCGGAAGGUGAACAGCUGAUCCUGUCGCUGGAGAAAAAUGAGGGCCUUUUUGCAAGCCAUUACACUGAGACACAUUACCAAGAGGAUGGAAGUGCAGUCACCAGUCCUCACAACUUCACGAAUAACUGCUACUACCACGGGGAAGUGCAGGCACAUCCGAACUCUGAUGUCACCCUCAGCACCUGCUCAGGCCUUCGAGGCUUCAUCGCACUUGAAAACAAGACAUUCAUCAUUGAGCCGAUGUCUGGCCAUGACAACGGUGCGCACUUCAUCUACCGAGUGCAAGAACUCAGACUGACCCCAGGGGACUGCGGUCACGGCUUCAACAUGUCCUCUGUUGCCCCCGAAAGCCACAUCAAAAACCCCUUCCAGUCCUUCCACACGCGGCAUAAAAGGCAUGCUCAGAAGACGACCAAGUACGUCGAGCUGAUCAUCGUUGCAGACAACAGAGAGUUUCAGAAACAGGGGAGGGACGUGGAGAAGGUGAAACAGAGACUGGCAGAGAUAGCCAAUUACGUGGACAAGUUCUACAGGGCCCUGGACAUCAGAGUGGCGCUGGUGGGUUUGGAGGUGUGGAGUGACUCUGAUAAAUGUCCCAUCACCCAGGAUCCCUUCUCCACCCUUCAUGAGUUCCUAGACUGGAGGAAAGUCAAACUCCUGCCCCAGAAACCUCACGACAACGCUCAGCUCAUAAGUGGAGUUUACUUCCAGGGCACCACCAUUGGCAUGGCACCAAUUAUGAGCAUGUGCACAGCUGAGCAGUCUGGAGGCAUUGUCAUGGAUCACUCCGAGAACCCAUUGGGUGCAGCCGUAACUUUGGCACACGAGCUGGGACACAAUUUUGGUAUGAACCACGACACCCCAGAGCGCGGCUGUGGCUGCAGGAUGACUGUUGAUCGCGGAGGCUGCAUCAUGACCCCCUCCACAGGGUAUCCAUUCCCAACCGUGUUCAGCACAUGCAGUAAGAAGGACCUUGCUGCUAGUCUGGAGAAAGGUGUUGGCAUGUGUUUGUACAACAUGCCAGAGGUCAAAGUGCUCUAUGGUGGUCAGAAGUGUGGCAAUGGCUACGUGGAGGAGGGAGAAGAGUGUGACUGUGGGGAGCCAGAGGAAUGUAUGAACCCGUGCUGCAAUGCCACCACAUGCACCCUCAAGGGAGAUGCCGUGUGCGCCCAUGGACAGUGCUGUGAGGACUGCAGGCUCAAACUGGCUGGCACCCUCUGUCGAGAGUCCAGUAACUCCUGUGACUUGCCAGAGUUCUGUACUGGUGCCAACCCUCACUGUCCGGCCAACGUUUAUCUGCACGACGGCCACACCUGCCACAACGUUGAAGGCUACUGCUACAACGGCAUCUGCCAGACACAUGAGCAACAAUGCAUCACCCUGUGGGGAGCGGGAGCCAAGCCUGCCCCUGGGAUAUGCUUUGAGCGAGUCAACUCUGCAGGGGAUCCUUAUGGGAAUUGUGGGAAAGACUCCAAAGGCUCCUUUGCAAAAUGUGAUGCGAGGGAUGCAAAGUGUGGUAAAAUUCAGUGCCAGGGAGGAGCCAACCGGCCAGUGAUCGGAACAAACGCUGUUUCAAUUGAAACCAACAUCCCGCUACAAGAAGGAGGUCGUAUUCUGUGCCGAGGCACACAUGUGUACCUGGGUGAUGACAUGCCUGAUCCUGGACUGGUUCUGGCUGGUACAAAGUGUGGAGAUGACAUGGUGUGCCUGAAUCGACAGUGCCAAAAUGUCAGUGUCUUUGGUGUGCAUGAGUGCUCUGGGAAGUGCAAUGGACGUGGGGUGUGCAACAACAAGAAGAACUGCCACUGUGAAGCACACUGGGCCCCUCCGUUCUGUGAGAAGUCAGGCUUCGGGGGGAGCAUUGACAGUGGGCCAAUGAGACUGGCAGAUGUGCGUGUGUGUGUAUUAAUGUGCGUGUUGUCGUAUGUGGCAUCAGCCGACAGUGUGGCCAUUACCGUGGCAAUCCUGGUCACCCUGGUCAGCCUUCUGGUAACCACGGUGAUCGUCUUUCUGAAGAGGAAGACGCUGCUACGCCUCCUCUUCAGCAAUAAGAAGAGCACGUUGGAGAAACUCAGAUCUGUGGAAGCCAACAGGCCAACCAGCCCCAUCAGGACUCAGUCCAUGUACAGGCCCACACCACAGCGCAAGCCUCCACCCAAACCCUCUGGAGCUAACAUUUAUAAGCCAUCUCUCCUGAGCGCCGAGCCUCUUCUUCCUCCGCACAAUUUCCACUCUCACAGCCUGCGCAGACUGCCUCUCUACCAGCCACUGCACAUCAGUCAGCCCAUGCCGGUGUCCCUGAGCGUGGGCCAGCCCACCCUGCCUUCUCUCCCGGCCCACCACAGAGUCCUGCCUGCCCACACAUCCAUCUCACCGUCUCGGGUGCCCCCUUUUCUCAGCCUGCCACGGCAGCAGUCUUCGUACAGAGUAGAACAGGACUUUGAGAAACCCAGUGCACCCCAGAAACCCCUACCUGCAGACCCACUAGGAAGGAGCUCUCGGCUGGGUCACACAGCAGCGGGGGUCCACAUCCCCGGAACUGGACCCCUCCACGUACCUAUCCCCACCGUGCCCAGGCCUCCACCCACCAUCCCUUUACCCAGCAGGCCUGUGCCGGUGUUGCCCUACAGACCACCAAAGACUCCUAAGAACUGCUGAGCUCUCGACGUCAUGGACGAGUAGAUCUGCCACCAACAGAUGGAGACUUCUUUAAUUUGCACUAAUUACUGAGACUCUGUAAGAACUUUUGGACACUUGCGACUGUCACAGAGUUUCAAGUGAAAGGGGGCUAACGUCACACCUCGGUGCUACACCUCUGAAAGGUGCUUUGUUGUCCUCGCUCAGGUACCAAUGAACUAUUUAUCUAUUUAAAUAUUUAACUUCGAUAUUACCAGUUUGUGCACAGAGUACUCUGAUCAAGAGUGAUGUUUCCCCCUGCGGAAACGUUUUGAAAAGAAGGAAUCAUGGUGUAAUUUAGAAUAUUUCUGUUGCAUUCUUUGGUGAUUUUUAUACUUUUUUCUCAAACGAAAUGCUGAAAUAUAUGAUGUUUUUUAUAAGUGAAGUUGCUUGAAUAAUUUGAUUUUGGACAAAAAUGAAGAUAAAGGGAAAUGGAGCACAGCUCAGCAAGUUGUCAGUGUAGCUUGUGGGCCAUAGAGCAGCGUUAUUUAUUUAGUUUUCAUAUCGUUAUGAUGUAUUGAAUACCAAAUACAUCUUUUCUAUUCAUGUUGCCAUGGUGCUACAAAGUAGAUAUGAAUGAAAUGGUUUUAAUUAGAUACAUAGACUCAUAGUAAAGCCUCGGAAUACACUACUUUUUAUGGGAUUUAUUCUGAUCUGCUCGUUUUACAGUCUCAGAGUCGGAUUCUUUUAUUCCCAUAUAAGCUCACUAUAAAGUUCAAACAGGAAAAAGUACUUUUCACACAUUUCAGACCGGCUCUUACACACUGCUCGGGGCAUGCGUUGUGAGGCCAAACACUCCCGAUACUGGCAGACAGUGCAGUGUCAACAGAUACGACGUGUUGAUUGUGUUCCAGAGAAUUACACCAACACCAAAAUACUUCAACAUUAACUCUGGUGUUUGUAUGUUUAACAUUCACGCUCACUUUGUCUUUGAGUGUGAGAGCCAAGAAGGAUGACUUCAGCGCUCUGAGCUUUCCAAUCUUCUCCUCAAGUGUGUCCAACAAGAUGUUUUACCAUAUCUGUCUCGACUUUUUCUUUUUUCUUUUUCCUUCAUAACAUUCCUUUUGGAUUUUGUAUGGCUGUGUUAUUCUUGAACUCUGAGAUUAUCUACGCAUUCACAGCAUCGUUCAUUAGAUCCAGAUCUUGGCGUUGCACAUUUUCUUGAUGUUAUUUGUUGUUGACUUGCUGUUUCACAAGUUUCUUGUGUCAAUGUUCACUUUGGGAAAUGCAUUUUAGAUCCGCAGUGAAUCCAGAUGCAGUUUGUCAUUUCACGAUUGCAGUGAAGCCCUGCAUACUUGUGUUACAUUCAUAUACAGACAUGUGCAAACAAUACUUUUUUCUUGUUUUGGAAGUGUUCAGAUGUGUUCGACAGUCAGGGUAUCUGCUCUCCGCUGGAAAAUGUUUGUCAGUGCUGUGUUGAUUAGUCGUUAAAUGUUAAUGCCAUUUGUAAAUCCUAAAUGUAGUGUGUUUAUUUGCAUAACUGUACCAUUUUUUAAAGCCAUUGUAGUGUAAGUGUAGAUAUUGUAUGUCAGUUAUCAUUUUUUUCUUCCUUUUUUUUUUCAAACACAUAAAUAUAAGAACUGCUUUGAGGCCGUGCACCAUUUACAGAGUGGUGAAAACAUGAUUUUAGACAUUUCAUCAUGUAGGCAAGAGACAAAUGUUUGAGGAUAACAUUUAAACUGAGAGAUUUUAUUGAUGAAAUCAGAGCCAAAUAAAAGUUCCGUAUGACUGUU